AUGGUUGGCAUUCAAAGAGUGGUCCGCGAUAAGCUCAAGGGUAGCCUCUAUGGCAUGCUGGUGGGAGACGCCGUCGCAGUUCCGGUGCACUGGUUCUAUUCGCCCAAGAAUAUUCGCAAAGAAUAUGGAGAAAUCACCGAGAUUGUCGCCUCCAAACCCAACCAUUCCGAGUCCAUGCUCCAAGGAAUGAGUUAUCAAGGUGAUAUUGACAUUAUGCACAAUAAUGCUCACUUCUAUGAAGGAAACAAGCUUGCCCAAAAGGCUCAGGAGGUCAAAACGAAGGAAGAAGAACAAGCCCUCCGGGAUGAUCAUGGCAAUUUCGUUGGUGCCAAAGCAUCCGACCGUGUUCAUUAUCAUCGCACGCUGCUCAAGGGCCAGAACACUGCUAAUGCCUGCAUUGCCCGAUUGGCCAUGCGAUAUUUGGCAUCCUCCAACGCCGGCGGAUCAGAUCGGUACAACCCGGACGAAUUCUUGGAGAGUCUGUACAACUACAUGGUCACUCCUCCUCCCAAAAACACUCACGACGACAAGGAUCAGCUGGUCAACCAUAAUGAUACCUACCUAGAUGUUUACCUACGAGGAUUCUUCACCAAUGCAUCAAGUGGAAAAGCAUUGCGUGAUUGUGCCAAAAAUCAGAGAGAAAGCUGGUCCAUUGGCAGCAUUGAUGGAGUUGGAAUGUGCAUUCCCAUGAUUGUGGCAUAUGCCAACGAGCCAGAAUGGUACGUCAUGGGACGAGCCGUCGAGCAUGCUCAUUUGACUCAUAAGAGCAUCACCGUAACCGCCACGCUGGCCAUUUUGGUACCCUUGUUGCUCGAAUUGUUGCGUCAACCAAUUCCUGCCACAUCCGAAGAAGCCGCCAACAAUCUGCGCCAAGCCUUGGAUCGAGCCAUGUUGAAAAUGUCACCACCCAAGAUUACGGGCCGUGAAAUGCGUGAUUCCUAUGUCAACAAUCGAGGUCCCGGCAACAUUCCCAAAGCUCAAAAGUGGAAGCAACACAUGGAACUAGAUACUUCGGAAACCACCAAGGAAUUUAUCCAUCGCAUGUUGGAGGUGGAAAAUGAUGAGGAUGUGGCGGGAUUUGGAGAAAGAGAGGCAUCCCGGCUUUCUACGGCGUGCUACUGCGAGCAAACCUUUACGGUAGUCUUGUUCUUGGCUUACAAGUACGCUCACGAUCCUAAAAAGGCAUUGCUGCAGAAUGUCAUGAUUGGAGGACACUCAACAUCCCGCGGCAUGGUGUUGGGGGCCAUCUUGGGCGCAGCUCAUGGUUAUGAGGCAAUUCCUUUUCGAGAGGAUUUGUGCGCCAAGUCCUCCAUUGAAAAGGAAGUGACGGAUUUGGCAGCGACAGUCGUGCAAUAG